AUCAAGCCAAGAGACAUAGGAAAGCGAAUUUUACAGACACUGAAAUAAGAGUGCUAUUAGAAGAAAUAAGUGUUGAUCAUAAAACAUUGUUUAUGGCCAACAACCAAACUGUCACAAACAGGUUAAAGGGGGAUAUUUGGAAAAGAAUAACUGCAAAAAUCAGUGCAUGCGGCGUGGCAGAACGUACACCACAAGAGGCGAAAGAAAAAUGGAGAUCGUUGAAAGGGGCCGUCCUAAACAAGCAGAAAAGACAGACGAAAACGGGAGGUGGACCACCAGAUAAACCAGUGCCAUACGAGGACAUCAUCGUGACCAUAAUUGGAGAAAAUUCAAACCUCUACACUGGAAUAGAAGUGCAAGGAACAGACACUUAUGAAAACCCACAAACACAAGCAGUAUACGAGUGUGGUUUCCUCGGAACCCACGCCACAUUGCUCAAAGGAAUACCCUGA